GAAAUUUGUCAUAGUUUUGAGAAUGUCACCAAGUAGGAAGAACAGUGCUACCAGUUUUGUAUUUUAUUUGUACUUGAAUAUAUCAUUGUCCCAAGUUGCUAUAUAUUAAUUAGCCUCCUGGAUUAGGAAGUAUUGAAGUUCUUGGAGUAAGAGAAUUUUCUGUGAAAUUCUGGACUUCACUGUACCAAAAGUGGUAAGUCAUAAAUGGCAACCAUGAGAUAGAACAAAACUGUUGGUACCUCUGCCUUUUGAUCUCUUGACAAUAGACAGCUAGGUGGUUUUAUGGACAGAGCAAUGGACCUCGGAUUUGUAAGAGAGGAGUUCAGAUCACACUCCCUGUGUGACCCUGGGUCACAAGCAUUUAACAUCUCUCUGCCUUAGUUUCCUUAUCUAUAAAAUGAGGAAAAUAGUAGCACCUACCUUCUUGGGUUGUUGUGAAGAUCAAAUAAGAUAUUAUUUGUAAAGUGCUAUAUAAAUGUUACUGUUACCAACAACUGAUGAUCCCUGGUAUGGUGGUUAUAAAAUAAGCAGGAUAUCUUUACCGAAGGGUCUUAAUCAAAGUGCAGGGACCCAAGGAACUUAUGGUUUUCGUGUUACAAAAAGUCACUCACAUUGUAAGGGGCUGAAUUCUGGUGCUUCUGAAAUGUGGACAGUUAGGGAGUAGUGGAAAAUUAUCUGAUGGCUUGAUAACCCAAAUAGCCUAGAACUUAGCAGAAACUGGUUUUCUUAUAUGAAAAAUUAAAUGACAUUUAGAGAAUUAGGUUAAUCUGUCAAAAUGUUGAUUGGUAUCAUGAAAGUUGAGUUAUGUGGUGGUGAAGUUGGAAGUGGGGCAGGAGGAAAAACAAUAGAACAUGAAUUUUCAUUUUUUUUCUUAGACAUUUGAAUGUAAAUGUUAAGGUUUCUUUGUUGGGCUUUGCCACACUGCCUAUGGGAUACACAGAGAUCUGUUGAAAGUACUAAGAAUCACCCCACAUUUUCUGCAAGUCAGUUUUGCUAACAAUAAAGCUAUGAAGGUAAGUUAAUGUGUUGUUUGUGGCUAGAAUUGGCUUACAUUCUGUUGUGAAGUAAGACACUGGAAAACAUAAUAGAACCCAAGGCAAAGAAAUUUGAGGAGAAAAGAAGAGAUGAAGGUGAUCUGUGAGAAAAAGUAAUCCUGGCAGGGCAGACAUUUCAGAACCAUCAUCAGUACAAUUUCUAGUCUUAUAUUUCCUUUGUCCUCUCCCUCCUCCCCCCCCAACCCACAUACAAUCAACUUUUUUGAAUCUUUCAAAGACUUCAUUCUACUGAAUUAGGUUAUCCUUUAUACAAAUAGAAUCAUGUAUUUUAGUCUAAUUCGUGUAUAGUAUCUAAAUUAGGUCCUGCCACCAAGCUUGUGGCUCAGAAUCCAUUUAUAAACAAGUUGGGCUCUCACUUCAAUAUGUUAGUACAGAUUGGAAUGCUGAAAAAUUUAAAUGUAGACCAGAGUUUUCUUUUGUUUUUUUCCUAAAACUAGAAGUACUUUCAUCAAAUAAAAAGUUUGAUAGUUAUCAGAUUUUUAUAAGAAGGGGGCAAAGAUAACUAAUACAAAAUAGAACAUCAUGAGUGCAUCAGCAAGGUACAAAGUGCCUAGAGAGUUUAGAAGAGGGAGAAAAUCUGUUUGGAGAAUUAGCAAAAGUUUCAAGGUAGUUGUAUCUUUUGAAUACUAAGGAUGGAUAGGAUUUCAGCAAGUAAAGAUGAAGCUAGUUAGAUGUUUUAGGUAAAGACAGCAGUAAACACUGGAUAUUUACAUGGAACAGUGAGACUCAUUGGUUGUGAGUCAUGCUAGACUAUGAAGUGUAAGGACAUGAAUUUAUGAUUCUAAUAUUAGAGAUCUAGUACAAACUAGUUCUGAUAGUUUGUUGAGGUAAAAAUAAGGACGGCAGCUAGUUGGUGCAGUAGAUAGAGCACCAGGAACACUUCCUAGCUGUGUGACCCUGGGCAAGUCACUUAAUCCCAAAUGCCUGGGGUGGGGGGACAAACAGAAAAUUGUUAUAUCUAAAAAAUAAUAAUGAUAGUGGAAUGAGGAAGGGCCAGAGUUAAGGAUUAUCAUAAAAUUGGCACUGAUGACUAGCUUUGUAAUGAGUACUCCUUAUAUUAAUCAUCCUUUAAGUAGGGGACUAAAAAUAAAUAUUUUGAGCACUCAGAAAUAUAUAAAGUACUAUGUGUUAGUCAAUAUAGGACAUACAUAAGUUAAAGAGACAAUCCUUGGGGGAAGCUAAAUGGCACAGUGAAUAAAUUACUCACCCUAUAGACAGGAAUACUUAGCACUUAACACUUAAUAGCUGUGUGACCAAGGCACUUGACCUGAAUUGCCUCACCAAAAAAAGAAAAGAAAAGAAAAAGAAAUCCUUUCUGGUGAAAAGAGCCCUGUCCUGGGAGUCAGAAGCUUUGGGUUUUAGUUUCAGCCAUUUAAUUUCUAAUUUGGGGCAAGUUUUAACCUCCCUGAAACUUACCUUUUUAAGCUAUUAAAUGAUAGUUGGAUUAGAUGAUUCUCAUAAGGUUACAUAUAUAUUUUAAACAUUUUGAUUGUAUUGUUCUGGUUGGUGAGAUAAGAUUAUUAAAUAUGAAGGGAUUAAUCAGGCAAGUGAUAUUGAUGUGGGUGAAUGCCCUAAAAAAUUGUGUCCCGUUUUGAUCUGUAAAAUUAAACCUCGGAAAUUGUGUACCUUUUGAUCUGUAAAGAAGGGAGAUUCCAGUCUCAGGCCCUCCUGGGAAGCAUAUCUCCCCAGACAAAUUAAGUGGCUUCAUCGACUGGGCCUUUUCUAAGGCAAAUCCAAAUUACUCCCCAUCCCCUUUGAUAGCUGGAUCCUCAUUCAGGAAGCCUUCAAAGUGAUUUCCAUUCAUUUGGAGAGCUGAGCCCUGAUAUUGAUAAGCAUCUAGACCUGAGGACUUUGGCUUUCUUAUCCAUUUGAAACCUGAGCUUCAGAUUUUCUAUUAAAGGGCAAUUUUAAAUUCAUUUCUUUGCAAAGCAGGACUAUGCCUUGUCCUUUGGCAUAGCUGCCUGUCAGAACUCCUGCUCACUGUGAAGGUAAUUCUUUUCUCAGUGCUAAACCCCAUUUCCCUAAUAAGACUUUGCCACUUGGAAGUCAAUCUUCCUAGCAAAGCUGGCCUCUCAUCCAACAAUAAACUUCCCCUUUUGCCACUUAAAACUUUUUGGGUUCGUGAAUUCUUUCACGAAGAACCUGCGCCUCCGAUCAAAAAGGGAUUCCCACAACUCUCUGCCACUAGAACACCAUCAGUAUCAGAAGGAAUUUAAUAAGGUUUAUCUGUUUACAUGGGAGGAUAAUAUUUGUAAGAACUUUCUCAUUAUUAUGGCAAUUAGAGGGAGUAUAUAUUAUAAGAAUUUUGAAGCAAAUUUCUCUGAUAAGGACUCAUUUCUCAAAUACAUGGAACUGAGUCAAAUUUGUUAAAAAAAAAAAAAAAAGAUAAUAACCAUGCCUCAAUUGAUAAAUGAUCAAAAGGUAUAAUCUAUGCCCAAAGGGCUAUAAAUUCAUACAUAUCCUUUGACCUAACAAUACCACUAUACUAGGCAUAAAUUCAGAAACAGGUUUUUAAAAAAGGAAAAGGGCCUAUAUAUACAAAAAAAUUUUCUAUUAGCAACACUCCUUAGGGCAAAAAAUUUGAAAUUGAGGGGAUACCCAUAAUUAGGGAAUGGCUGAAUAAAAUGGUAUGUGUUUAUGAUGGAAUAUUAUUGUUUUAUGGAAAAUUAUAAGCAAGAUAUUCUCAGAAAAACCUGGAAAGUCCUCCAUGAACUCAAGUAAAGUGAAAUGUACUGUUUACAAAGUAAUAGCAAUGUUCUGGGAUGAUCAGUUGUAAAUGUCUUUGCUAUUCACAGCAGUACAAUGAUCCAUUACUAUUCUGAAGGACUUAACGACAGAGAAUCUAGCCAUACCCAGAGAAGGAACUGAUUUUGUCUGGAUACAGAUUGAAGUAUACUUUCUCCUUUCUAUUUUAUUUUUCCCGAGGGCUUUUUCCUAGGGUGGGAGAUCUAUGUUUUCUUUUAUAACAUGACUUUUAUGGGAAAAGUUUUGCAUAACUUCACAGGGCUUGUGUUUCUUAAUGGGGGCUUGAAGUGGGAAUAACUGAGAAUCAGGAAUUCAAAAGUUUAAAAAACAAAUAUAAAAAAAUAUAACGGGGGGAAAAUAUAAAAUUUUUAAAAUAAAGCAUUUGUUGAAAAAGUUAAAAAGUUAUUAAAUAUGUAUAUGAAAGGUAAAUGAUUAAUAAAAAUGCAAGACAAUAAUCAUAAAAUUUCAGACUUUAGAAUUGAAGGUUUUAAGCCCACAUCAAUUCUUUUCAGACAAGAUAUUCUUUCUGAUUUUCAGAGGAGAAAAUUAAGGAUCAGAUAAAAGUUAAUGGUUUGCCUUAGGUCAUAGAGCUAUUUGGUAGCAGUUAGGACUGCUAACACAGGGCUCCCAAUUCCCCCUGCAGGGUUUUUUCCACUAAACUAUACAACUUUCCUCUAAGGGAAAGAUGGAUCAUUGUUUCAAAAUAGUCUUAAAAAAGAAUGCUCUGAUGAACAUGAAAAUAUCUUUAGAAAAAUUGCACAUAUUUAACCAUAUUGGAUUGCUUCCUAUCUAUGGGAGGAGGAUGGGGGCAAGGAGAAAAAUUUGCAACACAAGGUUUUGCAAAGGUGAAUGGUGAGAACUAUCUUUGCAUGUAUUUGGGAAAAUAAAAUGGUAUAACAAAACAAUUUUUAAGAAGUGAGUGCUAUUUGGGUAUCAAAAUUCCCAAUAGAUUAGAAAAAGUAGAUAAUAUUUAGAGAAAAUUGCCUAUAGUGAAGAACUGCCUUUAUAAGAAAAUAUUUAAUAAACAUUCAUUAAGCAUCUCUGUGUUAGGCAUGGUGCUAAGCUCUGGGGCUACAGAAAGGCAAAAGGCAGUCCCUGACCUCAAGGAGCUCAAAAUCGAAUGCCACAUGCAAACAAAUAUGUAAAAACAAACCCCUAAAAAUAUAAAUAGAAAAUAUUUAAACCUGGGAAGGCUCUAGAUUCAAGAAGAGUGAGGGAAGUCUUCCUGUAGGCUAUAGGUUUUUAGUUGGUACUUAAGAGGAAACCAGAGUAGUCAGUAAAUAGAAAUGAGGCAGAACAUUCCAGGAAUAGCUGGAGCUAGGAAGCUAGUGUCUCCCUGAGUCAAUGAGUAAGAUAAAAACUAGAAAGAAAGGGAUACAGGGUGGGAGAUGGGGAAAGGUGAGCAUGGGAAUGUCUGACAUAAUUGGACCAGUGCUUAAAGAAAAAUAAUUGGAGACCAAAUGUAAACAAACAUGUGCUGUGCCAUGUUUUUUUUUUUUUUUUUCCCUUCGUGGUUUUUCCCUUCUGAUUUUUCUCUCCCAACAUGGUUCAUAAAUGUACAUGUACAACCAUAAAAAAAUAAAAAAAAUUAUAUUUGGAGAAAAAAUUUAAAAGAAAAAAUGACUGGUGGCUCAACAGAGAAUGGAUUGAAUUGGGGAGAGACUUAAAAGUGGGCAGACUUGCCGGUGCUAUUGAAAAAGUUAUUUUUGUACAUUUCUAUGAUUUAGGGACCUAGUAAGAUUUUGAACAAGCUUUAAGGCAGAGUAUGCCCUGUAUUAAUAAGUGGCUCUACUGCCUUUCAGGGCAUUCUUCUCAAUAUAGCAUAUAUCUGAGACAAGCAUUCUUUCUCACUUAAGUAUUUCAAAAUCUUUGAGUAUUUUAUUUAGCAAGGCCUAUCUCAGUCUCUGCGUUAUGAAUAAUUCAAACUUAACUAGGCUGCCAGUCAUUAAGACCAUCAUCCAACUUUGUAGAAUCUUCUGGAACUAGAAAAACUUGCCUAGCCUUUGAAGAUUAGGCAUAAUGCUUGAGUGUGUGGUUCUCAGCACCAUGAUAUAAUCCCACAAAGUCAAUGCAAUACAUAUCAACCUCUUUAAGGUUUGCAAAGCACUUUACAUGUAUCAUUUCAUUUGAUUCCCACAAUUACCCUGUGAAGUAAAUUACAAUAUUCCUAUUUUAUAGAUGAGGAAAUUAAGGUUCAGAAGUUGUGAUAUGUCAAGAGUCAGGGCUCAAAUUUAGUUUUUCCUGACUCCUAAGUUUAUCACCCCAACCACCUAUCACCCAAUUUAUAGUAAUGCAGAAUGAAGCAAGAAAAGAUGGGAAACAUUUCUAUACAGUGUGUUGUGAAGGAAGAGCAGAGGGUGAUGUGGGAUUCCCUCUAAGACUUCAUUCAACAUUUCAAUUUGGGACUGUCUUUUUAUCUUCUCAUCACUGGCCUAGUCUAUAUCCUUAACACACAAUACACACUCAGUGGAGGGGAGAGCAAAAGACUAGCCCAGAUCUGUGAGGAGAUAGCUGGGCAAUUAUAGACUAAGGGGAGAUCCAGCAGUUUUCAGUAGUCUUGGAGAGAUUUUCAUUCUGUGGGAAGGUGGAGAGUAUAAACUCAGCUGUAGUCCUCUUUGUGAAAUUUCUACAAGGAUCCAAACCAGUUCUAGUGGUUUGUAUAGGUAGCAGUGGAAUAGGGAAGGGCCAAAUAAUGAAGUGUACUACAAUACUAAUUCAAAUAGCAAGAAUUUACAUUUCUUGCAGGAAGCAGGGCCAUACCCUUUUGAGAGGCACAGCUGUUUAUUAACGGCCAGAACCAGCAGUUAUACCCUAUAAUCUCACCCUUCUCCCUCAUCCCCUUCUCAGGAUUUCCAUUGGAGGAGAUCCUUCCAAAAACGUAUUUCAUGAUACUCCCACUAUGUACACACUCUGAUAUGUUUCCAUGGUCCCGCCUCACCUUGCCAUAUCAUAUGUUCAAAACCAGCAGCUAGCUAGCUCCUUAAGGAGAAGCUAAUACAUAUGAGGCUUAUUAAACUUAUUCAAUUAAAACUUUAGUUUCCCCAGAGCAUAAACCAGUAUAUUCAACCAACACCUGCUAUUCUAUUGACUAAAGACAUUCUUUAAUUCUUUUCAGCCUGAAUGUAUUGGCCCUAAAGCAUAUUACAUGCUUUUCUGCCGAGGGAAAGGGAAGCUAUUAGACUGAAAAUUUGCAACUGUGGAAACAGAAACCUUACAAUUUUACUUCUUACACCUAUGAUAAUGCCCAUUCCCCACUAAUUCCGCCCCCUGGUCUCUUAUGUCCCGAAGUCUCUGUGUUUCUCCACUGCCCAGCCAGACGCCUCCCCAGGAGGGUGCUGGAUAGAAGUCCCGUUGAUAGCCUUUUGGAUCCCACAAAGCCAGUUGGGGCGGGCUUCCGGGAACGCAGGGGGCGCUGUGCUUGGCCACAGGCGUCAAGGCCGUCUCCAGCGCGCCCUCCCUGGCACAGGCCGCCGCGAUGAGCUCGGACGCAGCGCUGCUUCUGGAAGCGGCCGACUUCGCCGCCAGGAAGCACCGCACUCAGCGGCGGAAGGACCCAGAGGAGACCCCAUACAUCAAUCACCCCAUCGGUGUGGCUCGUAUCUUAACCCACGAGGCGGGAAUUACGGACAUCGCGGUGCUACAGGCUGCCUUGCUUCACGAUACUGUGGAAGAUACAAAUACCACCUUGGAAGAAGUGGAAGAACAUUUUGGGGCAGAGGUGAGGCGCAUAGUGGAUGAAGUGACAGAUAACAAGGAGUUGCCCAAGCUGGAGCGAAAAAGACUGCAGGUGGAGAAGGCCUCGCAGAGCAGCCGGGCUGCCAAGUUGGUGAAACUGGCAGAUAAGCUGUACAACCUUCGGGACCUGAACCGUCGAACUCCCAAAGGAUGGUCUGAGCAGAGAGUUCAGGAGUACUUUGAGUGGGCAGCUCAAGUGGUAAAAGGCCUUCAGGGCACCAGCCCACAGAUGGAAAAUGCACUGCUAAAACUGUUCCAAGAACGAGGACUGUCACUGUGAGCAGCAGGGGGAAACUAGAAAUGUGAUCAAGAUUUCAGCCUGUCUUAGAUCAAGAAGAGGAUUCAAAAAUCAAUUCUGAAAUUUGUUUUUGUGCUGAUAUUGACGCCCCCAAGGCAUACUAAUUCCUUUAACAGAAGAUUACAGACAAGGAAGGACUCCUGUUUUCUUCCAGUACUUGAGUAAAACAAUGAUUUGUAAAAAUUAGAAUGUUUUUUAUUCUUGUUGUAACCUGUAAUACUUCUCUGGGUCCUUGAACUUCUUUCUGAAUUGGGUUUACUGAUCAUACUGAAGACAUAAAACCACUGAUUUGUUUUGUUUUGUUUUAUAAAUCCGAUGAAAAUAAAAGGGCCUGCAAAAAUA